CGCGAGACUGCGAGAGGCAGCCGCAAGGGCAGGAUAUAAUAAUAAACCGAGUGGGGAGAGAGAGGAAGCGUGGAGAGAGGGUGAGAAAGAGAGAGAUAGAAAGGUGUCUGCCCGCCCACACGAGCGGCUCCUUUGUUUCAGCUCUCGGGCAUGCAAUUCCGCGAUGCCCACAGCAAUCAGUCUCAAAGUGAGGGUGAGAGGCGUUGUUCUCUCUCAUCCGUGGCUGUUUCUUUUGGUCCCCUGCUUGCCUUUCCGGUGAGCCGUUUUGUUUUGAUCUACUGCCUUCUUCCUCUUCCGAAUGGUCUGUUUUGUUUAAAGUUGUUCUCCGAUUGCAAAACCCUCAAAGAAAAAUCCUUGCUUUGAUCGUCUGAACAGUCUGGUUUGAGGUUUCUCGGAUCAAAGGUCCCUCCUUUGUGAUCCAAAUCUCAUCUUUCUGCGUCAUUGAUGAGGCUUUGAGCCUCACCAAGUUUUCUUCUCUGAAUCUUCGUCUCUUUUUGUGAUUUAGAAUCAAAAAUCCUGUUUUUCUCGUUCAUUUGUUCUAUUUCGAGGAAAAAUGGGCUUCCUGAAGCCGAAAUCCACGGCGGAGGUGGGCUUUCUCCCUCCGCCGCCGCCAUCUCCUCCAUUUCUUGGCGCUUCGAGUUCCUAUUCGGCUGAGAGGGAAUGCCGGCCCGGUGAUAUUGGCUUUCCAUUGGAAGAGAAGCAAGGUGAGGGCUUUCAGGGUUUUGAGGGGAGACAGGGGUCUCCUGGAGAUGAGGAGAGUGAUGGAGACGGAGGAGAAGAAGGUGAGAACUCCGGUGGAAGGAGAGGCAACGAGGGUGGGCAUACAAAGAUCUCUGUCAGAUGCCAUUGGAGGCCAUCGGAGGAUGCCCGGCUUAGGGAGCUCGUCGCCCGACAUGGGCCCCAUAACUGGAACCUCAUCGCCGAGAAGCUCGAGGGAAGAUCAGGGAAGAGUUGCAGGCUGAGAUGGUUCAACCAACUGGAUCCAAGGAUCAACAAGACAGCCUUCAAUGAGGAGGAAGAAGAGAGGCUUUGGGCUGCCUAUAAGUUCUAUGGGAGCAAAUGGGCUCUCAUUGCCAGGUUUUUCCCUGGGAGGACUGAUAAUGCUGUGAAGAACCAUUGGCAUGUGAUGGUGGCAAGGAGACGCAGGGACAUGUGCAAUGGAUACAGGAGGAUGGAGCCCUCUGCCACCUUCCCCAACCCAAGUGUUCCAACUCUCCCCAUGAUGAUGGAGAUGGGCAGUGGCAACAACAAUGCACACAGCGGGGAGUCCACCAUCACCACCAACAGAGAUCAGUCCCCCUCCAGUCCUCCUUGUUUGUCCCUGAACUCCUCCAACAACAUGGUUAUUCCUGGUUUUGUGAACAGAUUUGGUGCAUCAGAGCCACCGCAGCACUUUCGGUUCCUCUUGGGCUCACAUGAAAAGCUGGUGGCUGCAACAAGUAUGUGUAAUGAGAAGUUUAGUACUCCUGCUAGCUGCUUCUAUAACAGUGCACCCAUGUUGAUGGCCAUGGGUGUUCAUCAGGCUGGCCAUUCUGAAGCAAAUUCUGGGGCUUCAACAACUGAAUCAGUGGCUAACCCGAGGAACGAUGCCAUCAUGCAUGCAGAAAGAGAUGAUGAUGGAGAGAAGAUGACCCUGCCCUUCAUUGAUUUCCUGGGAGUAGGAGCAGCAUAGAACCUUUUAUCUGGGAAAGGAAAAGGGUUUAAAGUUCAUCAACUGAAACUUCAUGUAAUGGGGUCGUAGGCCAUGUAUAGAAAAUCCAAAAAAUAAAGGUGAGGGAAAAAGAGAGAAAAAGAAGAAAGGGGGAGGAGGUAGAAAAGAAGAAAGUGCAAAGAUAAGGUUUUUCUUUUUCUUUUGUUUUUACUUUUUUAAAAUAGUAGCAGAGUUUUGGGACUAGAAAACAUGAAGCCUCUGUUUGGCUAUGCUAUCUGGCUCUCUAGUAUUUUGGCUUUUAGUACUUGGUACUGUAAACCUGUUUCAAUUAUAGUUCAGAUCACGUCUGUGAUCUAUAGACUCAAACAAUUGCAUGGAGAACAUUUUGUUUGACUUGAGUCAGAGAUCGGAAUGAUGGUAUCGAUUGAUCAGCA